AUGCACAUUCCAACUUGGCUAAAUUACUUGAUGAUUAUUACUUCAAUUGCUUGCUUGACUAUUUCUAUUUUCACAAUUAUGUUCUAAAUUAAAAACCCUAAAUCAAGGUAACAACUAAUCAUAUGUGAAUAAUUUAUAGGAGAAAUAUGGGAAGAUUCUUUCUACUAAUCUUAGGAUUAUAAACAAUCGAUAAAUCAACGCUGCUCUUUUAAGAAAUCAUUUUUCCAGAUCUCAGUCAGCCGUAUUAUGAGAUAAGGUAUGGAAUAGAGCCCAGAUCAUUAGUCACUUAAUUAUGCUCUAUUUUUGGUUGUUUAAAAACUAUAAUUGAUUUCCUCUCUCAAUUUUAUGCUUUAUGGCUAGCUAUGCUAAUCAAACAAAUCAUUAAAGAUCCAAUACAUUAAAUCAACAGAUACAUUCUUUUCUAUCAUGCAUUAACAUUCGUCAUUUCUCUAUCCUUAACUGGGUUCCUAUCUCUUAGUAAUGAAUUCGGUGUUGAAGUAAAUUGCUUACUCUUUUAUACUAACUAAUUUUUAGGAGUCAAUAUAGUGUGGAAUUAUGCACACUCCUGGACUUGAUGAUGAGAUUUUAAUGCUCCUACCUUUCAUGCUUGUUCCAAUAGAGAUAUUCUUGAUUACUAAGAUAAUGAAGGAAACACCUUUUAUUGUGAAGGAAACAACUUAUGUCUUGGGCGAUAAGGUUACAUUUUUAUGUUUGACAAUUUCUACUUUGUGUGAACCAGUAUUUGAAGCAGCAGUAAAGAAGAAAUGGCUCUAGUUAACGAGAUAAAGACCAGUUAAAAAAUAUAAAAAGCCAAAAAUUAAGACAAAUAGAGGCUAAAACUAAGACUCUUUGAUUUCAUUUGGAGAAAUGUCCAUAUCUCCACCUAGUGUAAAUUCUCUAUCAGUCAGUUCAGAAGAUGAUUUCGAGAUUGGAGAUAAUUAGCUUGAAAUGAAGGAUGACUUAGAUGUUGAAGACGAGUCUUAAUUCCAAAGGUUAGUGAAUGAUGGUGAUUAGCAAUUUACUCGAACAACUAGAAUGACUAUGUCUCUUGAGCAAAAGACAAACUUUUUUAUAAUCAACACUGUGCUAAUGAGUGUGACCUAAUGCUUUUUAUUCAAUAAAAGAGGUAGAGAAAAUGUUGUGGGAAUGGUUGGAGGCAUUAUCAAAUUUGCUAAAAAAGCACUUACUUAUCAACUUUCAUUCUCCCCAAGAGAAAAUGUUGCAGAGAUGACCUAGUUCUAAGAAGGGAGCGGCAAGUCAGCUUCUUUAUUUUUCUUCACGGCAAACAAGCAAUUUGUCAUUAAGACUUUGAAGCAAGCAGAAUUGGAUUUACUAGCAAAAAAGGGAGUUUUAGAGAAGUAUUACUCAUAUCUAUAGAAGCAUCCUAAAUCAUUACUAGCACGUUUCUAUGGUAUCUAUACUAUAAAGAUUCAGCAUAUGCGUAAGAUAAAUGUUAUAAUAAUGGACAAUUUAAUGGGCAAGUACAUUGAAGAUGCUACAAGAAUAUACGAUUUGAAGGGUUCAACUUUCCAAAGAAUUGUUUAAGAGCCUAAGUCUGAACUUUAAACUAGAAAGGACUUAAAUUUCUAAGAUGACAGAUAGUUCAGAAUGUAGGUUAACAAAAAUAUGUAGAAAGAUAUUCUGUCGAGAAUACAUAAGGAUAAGGAGUUUUUGAAAUCAUGUGAAUUAAUGGAUUACUCACUACUUUUAGUAUUUUUCAGAAAAGGUCGUAUGCUUUAAUAAGCUUAAAGCCCGUAAAAUCUACAAGGCCAAAAUCCAUUUGAUAUAGCUACUGGAGAUUAGACUUAUAGAAAUAGGAAGAUGUCAAUAUUUAUAAAGCAUGGAGAUGAGGGCAAGUACCUUUGUGUUGAAGAAGAUAAGUUUUUCGAUCAUGAUUCUCCAAUCAAUAAAAGUAAAAGUUUCCUAAAUGCACCAUCCAUGAAUCUAGGAUUAGGCAGACUUAACAGUGACUAAGAUAUAAGGCCUAUAGAGAAAUCAAACAGUUUAGCCUUCGAUGAGUAUGUUAACAAUAAUGUAGAUACUAAUCACAAUAAAAACUUUACUCUUGGUAUUAAUUAGUCUUCCUAGCCAACGAUUCAGAGAUCCCACAAUAGUGAUUAACUUAAACCAAGAACAGACGAAUAUAUUCAAUAUGACUGUGAGAAUGAUGAGAACAUAUACUAUAGAAUCGGAAUCAUAGAUUUUUUGCAAAAAUAUAAUAGAGCUAAAAAGAUGGAGAAUAAAUGGCUCAGAUUCAGAAAUAGAAAUGUAGCCCCAGAUACUUUUUCAUGUGUGGAUCCUAAACUUUAUGGUGAUAGAUUUCUCAACUUCAUGAAGACUAAUUUAUUUGGAAGAAGUGUAAGAGACUCCGAAUUCAUGCCAAGACAAACAUUCAAUAUUCAGCUUUCUAAUCUGCUAACAAGAGAUAAGACAUAAGCUAGAAAAAAUUGA